AUGGCCUCAAAGAUUGUCGUCGUUGGCGGCGUCAACGGCCAAUUCAAGACCGUCUUCCGGAAGCUGGGCGCGUUACACGCGAAGAACAACUUCGCUUUUGCCAUCGUUGCAGGCGAUUUGUUUGCAGCUUCACUCGAGGCUGAAGGCCCGGAUGCAGCCGAUGUGCAGGCACUCGUGGACGGUAGCAUCGACGUACCAUUGCCAACAUAUUUCGCUCUUGGCAACCAUUCACUCCCGCCAGCAGUAGGUCAAAAAUUAGAAUCAGAAGACGAAGUAUGCCACAACCUCUUCUUUCUAGGGAAGCGGACGACUAUGAAGACGUCUGAAGGAAUUCGCAUCGUCGCGCUAGGUGGGCAACUUGACCAGAACAUCAUUGCCGGUCAAUCCAAAGACAAGUACCUGCCAUUCUACACCGAGACGGAUGCAAAAAUCCUACGAGGAGCAACCACAGCCGACAUUCUGAUCACCAACGAGUGGCCAGAGGGCAUCCAAAAGCGUUCCAAGGUCGAGUUCAAUCCGGAGGCACAGCUGUCCAUGCGACAGUGCAUCGCCGAUCUAGACGUGAUACUGAAGCCCAGGUACCACUUCUCAACGUCAGGAAACACCUUUUACGAACGGGAGCCAUUCUUCCAUCAACCCAGUGAUGACACUGAUAACCUCUACCCAGUCACUCGAUUCAUUAGUCUCGCUUCCUUUGGCAACCCUAAUAAGCAGAAAUGGAUAUACGCCUUUUCUCUUGAGCCUUCAGCAAGCCAUCCUGUCUUACCACCAACUGGCUCAACUGCUUGCCCUGUGACCCUCUCGGAGAAGAAGCGGGGAGCACCGGAGCACCGCGAACAGCAACUUGUUUACGAUGACGGAAGUCGUGGCCGGAGAGGCAACAAAAGACGCAAGGGCGAGUCCCGCGGACCGAUUACAGCAUCAGAGUGUUUUUUCUGUCUAGCAAACGAAAACAUUGCGACACAUUUGGUGGCUUCAAUCGGCGAAAACUCCUACCUGACCACAGCAAAAGGUCCCUUACCGGCAUCACAGACAUAUCCCAAACUUGGCUUUCCAAGCCAUAUGCUCAUUAUUCCCUUCUCGCACCAAGCCACUCUCGGCUCCAUGGAAGAGGAGGAACGUCACGCGACGUACGCAGAGAUGCAGCGUUACAGACGCGCGAUGAACAGCAUGCUCAAGUCCGUUGCAGACACCGAAUAUGGCUCCGUCACUUGGGAAGCCAGCAAAUCCAGCUUACCACACACGCAUUGGCAGUAUCUUCCAGUAAGUGCGGACCUCAUCAGUAAGGGACUCGUCGAAGCGGCGUUCAAAGCGCUGGCUGAGAAUCUACACUGGCCGAAGUUCGAGAAAGAAGAUGUUGGAGAUGGAUUCGAAGAAACAAGCGACUUCUUCAGGGUCUUGGUGUGGAAUCCAAAAGAUGACCCUGACAAGCAGACGAGCUACGUUAUGCGCUUUGACGAGAAGAUUCGUUUCCAUAACCAGUUCGGACGUGAAGUAUUGGCGAAGCUAUUGAGGCUCGACAACCGCGUCGAUUGGAAGAACUGCGGACAAACCCAAGCCCAGGAAGAGCAAGAUGUUGAAAAGUUCAAAGAAGCAUUCAAGAACUUUGACUUCGCUGCAUGA